AUGCGCAAGCUCUGCUACGUACUUACGGCUUUCUGUACCUGUCCCGCGGAACAUGCUGAAUCGUUGAUCGGCAACACAAGCAUUACGCCAGACGCGAACAAAAAUGCCUCCGACCCGCACAGACUUGGGCACACGUACGCCCUCGUCGCGGACACGAACGUGUCCCUACUUCAAACACUUGCGGACUCGAAAGACUUGGCGGUGCACGGCGUCAACCGCAAAGGCCAUGAAAAUGAGGAGAGGUGGAUAUGGAAGUUUCUACACUGGAUUCCGUGGAAAUAUACGCGAGAUUCGUGGCUGGAACAGUACGUGAAGAUACUUCAGGCUGGGAAUCAUGACCCCGUGAAAGCCUUUAGAUACAUUGGUGUUCGGCACACUGAAGAUCCUCGGUCCAUUCAGACCUGGCUAACUGUUGUCAGAUCGUAUGAAGUCGAGCAUCCUGAGUUUGAUGCCGCUGCACGACUCAGCAUUUUGACGAGUCGCAUGGGAAACGAAGGUGCAUUGAAGCGAUUGCUACCGAUUGCGAAUUACGAAUUAGGAAACAGCUUCAAACGAGACACUAUACCGAUGCUGGAAAUACUUGCUAACAGAUUUGACCCCACUUCAACAGUGUUGCCGGAGGAGUUGCUAAAGCUGAAUCGACGUCCUGAAUAUGCCUACUCACUCCUCAGCUUAGAUAAUCAUUUGGCACUUGAAGAAUCGACAAACACUGCGGUUCAGUGGCUGAGGUACGUUAAACUGUGUAGCAGCAACGAGGAGAAAAAAGGGGAAUUUGUUACCAGAAUGGUGAUGUUAUUGCUCUAUGGGAAAGAUGGUCGAGGGGUGGACAAAUUACUGGUUCGGUUAGCUCAAGCAAAAGACCUCGCUUGGAUAGCCAAAUUUGUGGACGGAUUGACGUGA